CUACUAUAUAAAUUCCCCCGACUCUUUCACCAAAUCUAUUGCUAUUCCCAAUAUAUCAUUCUCAACUGUCAUCUGCUCUUCUUCCUUCUUUCACCAUUUUAGGAGAGAAAAUUUAAAGGAAGUUGAGUAUCAUUCAAGAAAAGAAACUACCCAGAAACUCACUUUUGUACCCUCCUCUGUUUCCGCCAUUAUUAACUUCAAACUUUUCAAUUUUCUCAAAUUUCUAUGAUACCCUUUUUAUGUGUAUGAGGGAUUUUUGAGAGGUUUAGAGAAUUUUUGUGACAAAUUUGGUAACUGGGUUUCAAAUUUUUUGAGUUUAUAAUUCAGAAAGUUAGAUUCUUUUUCCAUUUUUGGGAUGAGAAACACUCGUUUUCGAGUUAUUUUCAAUGUUUUAUCUACCAUUGUGUUUCUCAUUUUCAUCUAUAAUUCAAGUUUUGGUGAUAAAUGGAAGAAUUUGGGGAGUGGGUUUCAUGGUGGAAGUUUUCAAAUUGGGGGGAAACAUGGCAGAAUAAUGGAAGAAACACAUGAAAGUUUACUAAUUGGUAAUAAGAACAUAAGUUUAGCUGACCAUCAAAUUUGUGCUCAAUUUUUUGGGCAUAAGGGAUAUUCAAGCAGCUGUGAUUAUGUUCUUGCACACCCAGAAUGUACUUCAGGUGGGUUUUUCAAUUACAUAAAAUUUUUCUACUGUGAUUGCAAGAAUUAUCCUUUUUUUGGGUACUUAAUUCUUGGUUCUUGGCUUGCAAUACUGUUCUAUUUGUUGGGAAAUACAGCUGCAGAUUACUUUUGUUGUUCAUUAGAGAAAUUAUCUGAUCUUCUGAAAAUGUCUCCUACUGUUGCUGGUGUGACUUUGCUUCCAUUUGGUAAUGGAGCUCCUGAUGUUUUUGCUAGUAUUGCUGCUUUCAUGGGAAAAGGUUCAGAUGAUGUGGGUAUUAAUGGUGUUUUGGGUGGUGCUGUUUUUAUUACUUGUGUUGUUGUGGGAGUUGUUUCUCUUCUUAUAGCUGAUAAAAAUAUUCAAAUUGAUAGGAAAUGUUUCAUUAGAGACCUAAGUUUCUUUCUGUUCACUAUAGUUUGCCUUACAUUGAUGUUGAUUAUUGGUAAGGUGAGCAUAUGGGGUGCCAUGGCUUUUGUGUCAAUAUAUGUGGUUUAUGCUUCAUUUGUUGCUGUAACUGAGAUUAUGAGGAAGAAGAGUAGGCGUUCAAAACCGGAGGGUUUGACACCAUUGCUUCCGGUGGCUGGAAGUUUCUUUACAUCGUGUGGUGGUGAAGGGGAGAACCAGUCUAUGAACGCUCCAUUACUUAGUCCUGAUAACCCACCUGAGAUUUCCCCUAAACUGCCUCAUUGGAUAUGGAAUACUAAUGUUGCAAUCUAUUCUGAUUUUGUAAAGCCUUCAGCAGAGAAUAGUCCAGGGCCUUUGUGGGGUUGGAACGAUGAUGAAGUCGCAAAUGAGGAAUCAACAUGUUCAUUUUCUAAACUAUGUUCAUUGUUGGAGAUACCAUUAAUUGUUCCUAGGCGUUUAACAAUCCCUAUAGUUGAGGAGGAAAGGUGGUCUAAGAUAUAUGCGAUUGCCAGUGCAUUUUUAGCCCCUGUUCUUCUGGCAUUGAUGUGGAAUACACAGGAAAACAUUGGGCCUUUGAGUGGGAAAAUUGCGUAUAUCAUCUGUGUGAUUGCAGGUUCAGUAUUCAGUCUACUUGCAUUCUUAUACACAAGUCCGGAUCACCCACCUCGUAGCUUCUUAUUACCAUGGGUUUUUGGUGGGUUCGUCAUGAGCAUCAUCUGGUUCUACAUCGUAGCAAAUGAGCUUGUGGCUUUGCUUGUUUCCUUGGGUGCCAUUUUUGGUGUCAACCCAUCAAUGCUUGCCUUAACCAUACUAGCAUGGGGUAAUUCAAUGGGUGAUUUAAUGUCAAACACGGCUCUUGCAAUGAACGACAAAAAGGGUGUGCAAAUCGCCAUGUCCGGUAGCUAUGCAGGCCCUAUGUUUAAUACCUUAAUUGGUUUGGGAGUUUCUUUAGUGCUUGGAGCAUGGUCCAACGGUUCAGAACCUUAUGUAAUUGCACCAGAUAGUGGUUUGUGCAUUACUGUUGGUUUUCUAACAGCAAGUCUUAUAUGGGCUCUUAUUGUUUUACCCUCGAGCGAUAUGCGGCCUAAUAAGAUUUUAGGUGUUGGCCUCUUAACCAUAUAUGCCAUCUUUCUGUCUCUUCAGAUCAGCAUGGCCGUCGUUUUUGGCUCGCAGCCAGUGUAGCUACCACGCAGCUGUAGCAUGUAGAUACUCCUUAAUAGAUAUAUAGUCUUCUGGCUAUAAUGUAAACUACAGCUUGUACAGUUCUUAAAUAUAUAGGUAUUUUUUGGACUUGGCUCUUCAAUCUCAUUGUAGCAAGUCAUCUUAUUAGAAGAAAUCAAUUGUCUUCUGCAAAUGCUUCAUACCAUAUUCAGAACUAUUAGAAGUAAAGAUGUUCUUCUCUUCCUAAUUUUUAUGUUGUACUUGAUUAAUAGUUUAUGUCAUAAGAUUUUUUUGUGA